UUUAUAUUUUCUUCCGUAACAAGUAUUACAUUAGAUUUGUUUUCCCCUCAUGUGUAACUUAAUUGAUACAAAAUGUAAAUAUGUUUUAACGUAAGCCAAAUCAUUUGGGUUAUAAAAUAAUGAUAAAAUACGCGGUAAUGGAUUAUUCUAUUUUCCUUCCCGUGAUGCCUGGCUGGAUUCCUGGUUACAGUAAACUCAGUUGUUACUAGGGGCGAUGGACGUGGUGCUGUGGAUAUGCGUUUUAUGGAGUUUUGAAAAUGCUAUCUUAAGCGCGAAUGCACAGACAACCUAUUCUAAUCUAACAACUGUGAGCAACGAUGAAUCAGCCACUGUCAUACCUACGAUAUUUAACAGCACAACGCCCGAGGAUACAUCAAACACUUCUUUGCCAGAGUCAACUGAACCUUCGUUCAACGCAUCAACCACAGACAACCCUGGAAGAACUGAACCGACGGAGACAGUCACUGAAAAUUUUACGAGCACAGAAGUGUCACUCGAGACAACCGCCAUAGCAACGCAACCCACUCCUACAAUUUCUGGGUCCCAACCUUUGCCAAUCUCUGGUUCCCUUCCUCCUCCUGUUACGGACGUUUCCCGUCUCUGCCCGUGCAAUUUGCAGGAGGGUAGAUGUGACGUCAACUGCUGCUGUGACCAGGACUGCGUCUGGGACUUCAAACUCUUCACUGAGUGCACAAUGGAAAAGCUCGUUGCGAACACACAGUUGUGCUCCCAGGACACAGCAAGGUACUCGCUCAGCACUGCUGCAGACGGCUCUGCGGAGGUACAGGCCUCCCUCACACAAGAAGUCAGCUCCGAUGUCUUCUGCAUAUACACAGCCAACUACGGGGCGGGGCUUUCCUUCGCCCCACCUGAGGUGCCCACGGACGGGAACUUCGACAAUCUCUUCAAGCGCUUCGUAGGGUACUUCUUUGACUCCACGGGGAACAUCGGAGUACCGAAUGAGCAGGACCCCCAAAACUUAGCUGGGUACAAGUACGGUGAUGUCAUUCAGACCCAGAACGAUAUGGGGGAGAGAGGGUUUCUACGCCUGCCGACGCCCGCUGGCUCCGCCCAAUGCACAGACGCAAACCCAGCUGCGUUCCUACAGGACCAGACCUCCCGGUGUGUGCGGUCCUUCCGCUUGGAGCAGGACUGUGAAACCCUGCCGUCCUUGAACCUGCAGACUUACACCAGCUUCCGCGUCCUGUCUGGGAAAACAGAGAACAGAACUCUGCUGGAAGUGGACCUGUCCUCCGUGACCCUGCAGUCGCUGGGCGGGGCGCGUGUCCGUGUGGACCCAGCCGACCAGCUGCAGUUUGGGCCGGCUCUGCUGGAGGCUGGAGAAGGAGCGGUCUGCAACAAUGUGGUGCUCCAGGUCAGUUAUCGUGUGACGUACGGCGAGGCGGGAGAGAUCACAGGCGUGGCCACCUCUGCAGUGCUGGGGGCCGUGAACCGGAACAUUCUGCCCAUACUGCAGGAGUUCACCGUCACAUUCCUGCAGGACACAGAGCCCAGAGAACUCCCCUCCAGUGGAAACCCAGGCUAUGUAGUUGGGCUCCCUCUGGUGGCCGGAACAAGAACAGCAGAGGGUGUGGUCCGGAGUGCAGACAGGAACGGGGGCCUGACCCUCUUGCAGAGCCUCAGCGCCGAGCAGGGCUGCCUGGGGGCCACAGUUCUACGCACCCCUGUCCAAUUUGGGGUCAAUGUUGCCUCUGGAUGCACCCUGAGGCUAGUGGAGGCUGCUAACUGCUCGCUGGUGUCUGAGUUGAUCCUGGGGGUACUCAGGGGACCAGACUUCCCAAAGUUUGUAGCCUCUUUUGGGAACUCUCCUGCUAGCGCGGUCUUAGACUGGGUGCCAAUAAAGAACCGAACCUCGUCUACAUCGGAUGCUGAGAGCUGCCGUAUACCUCUGUCUCUGGACUUGGAAGUAAAAUGGACCAAAUACGGAUCCCUGGUGAACCCCCAGGCACAGAUAGUGAGCGUGACAGAAGUGAUCCAGACCAACAGCAGCAGCCUGGCCUCCCUCUUGGGUGGAAGUGACGUGCUGCUCAUCUCCACGUCCGUCACCUUCAUCGACGUGUCGGCCUCCGCACAGCCCGGGUACAGAGCUGCACCCACCAUCGACGCCAAGCUGCCCUACGACUUCUUCUUCCCCUUCGUCUAAGGCCGGGGCGGCCCUGUGGACUCACCACACCGAUAGCAGGGUGGGGCGGCCCUGUGACUCAGGGGCAGGAUGGCUCUGCCUCUUCCUCUCCGUGGGACCUAAACGUAUGGUUUACUUCCUGAAAAGUCUGCUCCAUUUAACAACUUUCUCACGGUUUGCAUUCAGGAACACAUCAUAUACUAAUACAAGUGAGCAGUAUGUUUAGUAGACCAGACAUAUUUUGAGGCUACAGUAUUUAGGAAGCUGUACAGGACAUCGUCUCAUUAGUACAGUAUGGCCUGAGUCACCAUCCACACAGAUGCAGGUGUUCCCCUGCUAUAGGUACACAUCCGCGCCCAGUGUUCUCUUUGGACUUCACAUGCACUAUUUGCUGAGGUACUCUUUUUAUGUAUGUUUUUUAUGUAUAUGUCAAAUUUGUACUUUCAUCUGUUAAUUUAUUCACAUUGUAUAGCUAUCAUUUUGUUAGACUGUUUUGAUACUACUUUAAUAAAAGAUUUAGUUUUAUAAAUUAUACAUACAA